UUAUUAGUGGAAUAGUGAAUUGUGUGGUAAACAAAACAAAUGGAACAAAAAAGUUUUACGAACAUAGAAGUUGAUAAACAUAUUUUCUUAUGGACUAUAAACAAUUUUAGUAUGGGUUUUAAAACAAUCAUUGGUAUGGGGGGAACGUUAACAUCUCCCACUUUUAGUACAGGGAAACAUAAUUCAUUUUGGCAUCUGAAACUAAACCAAAAAUACAAUAAUAAUGAUUACAAUAUCUAUCUCACAUUAUUCUUAAAAUUUGUAUCAAGCGAUAAAAAGGAAGCACGAGUGAAGUAUAAAUUUGCAAUAAUCAAUGAGAAAGGCGAAGAAGCACAUAAAUUUGAAGAUGUACAUCGAUUUUACUUGGAAAAAGAAAUUUCCUACGAUAUUAUCAAGAAGGAUCUAGUAUUAAAUAAGGAGUAUAAGCUACUGUCUGAUGAUAAACUCCAAAUAUUUUGUGAAUUAAGUGUACUUGGUGAUGUAACAGGUCAUUCAAGUACAAUACAAGUGCCAGAAUCUCGAUUACUAGACGAUUUUGGUAUGAUAUUUGAAUCAAAAAAAUUUUCUGAUUUUACUUUAAUAGCUGAUGGCAGGGAGUUUAAAGUACAUAAGACUAUUUUAGCUGCUCGGAGUCCUGUAUUUGCUGCAAUGUUUGAGCACGAAAUGGAGGAACGCAAACAAAAUCGUGUUAAUAUAGUUGAUGUUAAUUAUGAAAUAUUACAUGAACUUUUAAAAUUUAUUUAUACAGGAAAAGUGGAAAAUUUAGAAACCAUGGCUGGUGAAAUUUUAGCGGCAGCUGAAAAAUAUGCCCUAGAUAGAUUAAAGAGACUAUGUGAAAAAGAGUUAUGUGCAAAUUUAUCAACAGGGAAUGCAGCGGAAAUCUUAAUAUUAGCCGAUCUUCAUAAUGCUAAUCAAUUAAAAGUUCAAGCUAUUGAUUUUAUUAACAAUAACUCAGGUGUAAAGAGCACAACAGGUUGGAGAGAAAUGAUACAAACAUAUCCGCGUUUAAUUGCCGAUAUAUAUCAUCCACUUGAACCACAGCCAAAAUGUGAAGAAUAAAACUAAAAACAGCCAUCCAUCAUGAUGUGCACUCUUU